AUGGCAGAGGCAAGGAAAAGAUAUAUCCUUCUUCGAGAUUUUGUUGGGCAUAUACAGGAGAGAAGCAUGUUGUCUCUUGGUCGUUCAGUGUCAACUCCAACACACCUUCUUAAAGGAGAGUUAAUGGAGGCUCUCCCAGAAAAAGAUCAACCGAACGACUCAACAAGAAUAGCUCUUGCUGGAAUUGAACGAAAGAAUUUACGUCUUGAAUGUGAUACGGAAGGCAUAGCGAAACUAACAAGCGAAGAUGCCAACUUGCUUUUGGCCAUUUCUUCAGCAGGUUUAAGGUAUCAGACUUUUACUAAUGAGAAACGAUUAUAUUUCGGGCGACAAAUUGUACCCGGAAGUUUUGUGUUUGUGGAAGUGAAAGGAUUUGGCAAGAAAUUACACGGAAUUGUUUGGUACAUUGGCGAAGUACCACCCCUUCUUGGAACCCUUUUUGGUGUAGAGUUGUCUGUAAGU